AAAAAAAAAAAAAAAAAAAAAAAAAAAAAAAAAAAAAAAAAAAAAAAAAACGAGCUACAGAGCAGGGGAGGAAAAUUACCAGCAAAACACCAGAGCUUGUGAAAGUGAAUAGCUUCUUUCUCAUCCUUACAGCUCGGCACAGACCGCCCAGUGCAAAAGCAUGGAGCUACCAGCGGCGGGAGAGCACGUCUUUGCCGUGGAAAGCAUUGAGAAAAAGCGAAUAAGAAAGGGAAGAGUUGAAUAUCUGGUGAAAUGGAGAGGCUGGUCUCCCAAAUACAACACGUGGGAGCCAGAGGAAAACAUCCUUGAUCCGAGACUCCUGAUUGCUUUCCAAAACAGAGAAAGACAGGAACAGCUUAUGGGUUACCGCAAACGUGGCCCUAAACCCAAACACCUCGUGGUUCAGAUUCCUUCCUUUGCCCUGCGUUCUAGUGUCCUUUCGGAUCUCCAGGAAACCUCCCUGGAUGAUGAGAACAGGCACAAGACUGAGACUAUCCCAGGGAACAAAAUGCAGUAUCAGCUGAACAGCAAGAAGCACCACCAGUACCAACCCAACAGUAAUGAGGCCCAAGUCGAGCAACAGGCCAAUAGCAAGAAGAAAUAUUACUACCAGCUUAACAGCAAAAAGCAUCACCGUUACCAACCAGACCCCAAAAUGUAUGACCUUCAGUACCAAAGGCUAAGAGAGACCAGCAGUCAGCUCCAUUUGGACCACAGUCGUAAUCUGUCUCCCACUCUGCAGCAGACGUGGGUUCACAACAAAGAGACUGGAUGCCUUAAUCAGGUUAAAGACCUGUCUGUGGAGCUCAAGAAGCUUCCAGCCCAUUUAACUGGAAGAGAUCCAGUUCUGAACUCUAAUGGAGUUACCAAUGCUGCCAGAGAAGAUGCAAAGAGCAACGGGAUUGGAAGUAAAUUGAAAAUAGUGAAAAACAAAAACAAGAAUGGGAGAAUCGUCAUUGUCAUGAGCAAAUAUAUGGAGAAUGGAAUGCAGUCGGCAAAGAUUAAAUCCAGGGACAAUGAAAUGAGCCACCAGGACAGAAAGGUAGACAUUUCAGGAAAUGUCUCAGAGAGGACUGAGUUGGCCGAUUCAUAUAGAUUGGAAGAUAGGAGUAACAAAGAUGAAGAACAACAAAUGCCAACAAGUGCUGGUGCUGCUACUGGACUGGAAAGUGGACACUCCCAAAAUGAUGAAGUAGGGAUAAGAAAUAAUGGUAACACUGAAAAAGACAGUAAUGAGACUCGAAAUAAUGCAGAACUGAUAGAUGACCAACCUCUUCAGCUUACCACCAAACCUAAUUUAAUACCUUGGCCCUUUGAAAUGGGUGUUCUGUCGAGACUGGACCAGAAAAGGAAUGAUGUUGGAAUAAAUCUGUCUCAUUCCAGGAAACGUAAUCUCUCUGAACCAAAUGAGGAAAGAGGAGUUUUCAAAAAGUUUCUCGCUUCUAGGAGCAUAAGCACACCCAGCAGCAUGCCACAGCUACCCCAGGAGAAGCCAAUGGACCUUCACCUGAAUAGCUACCACCAUACUAGUGUACCGGACUAUUUGUUUGAUGGGUCAAACCCAGAAGAACCUAUAGACUUAAGUUUUGUGAAGCCCAGAGCUGUGAUGGAGACCUGCAAACCAGUGCAGGUAGAAACAAAGGAAAAAGAGCCUUUGGAGACGCAGGAAGAGAAGGAAGAACCUGCAUCUAGUUUUAAACCAUUCCUUGGAAACAUCAUAAUUACUGACGUCACUGCAAACUGUCUUACUGUCACCUUUAAGGAAUAUAUUACUGUCUAAUGAACUGGACCAUGAGUGGGGAAAAUAUACAUGUAGACAUGAUGUACGCCAUUAAAGAAACAAUAAAUUCAUGUUUUUUAUAUCUAUUGGAGUGCUGGUUAGAAGAAGCCCUUGGUAUCUACUUGCACCAAAUGUCACCCAUGUUGUCCUUCUGCCACAAACCAUGAAGUCAAUUCUCCUGUAUGAAGUCUCAGUAUAUGAACCUGAUGUUCUUAUAGUACUACAGUGGUUGCCAUUGGUAAUAGAGGGGUAUGAAGCUGUGAUGAAACUUUGAAUUAAAAAAAUAAGUGCAUUUUAAAAUUUGAGCCGUAAGAAUAUCUAAAAGUAUAAAUAGAAGUGAAUAGUUUGGAUACUUACUUCUUCCUAGUGGAUAUUUGGCCUCAGAUUAAAAAGUGUAUAUGUAUUAUAAAAACCCCUUUUCACUGCUUUAUAAUAUUUUCAUCAAAGACGUGCGCUUAAUUUACAAUGUAAAUUGUACAAUAAUGAUAAAUGUCUUGGAAAUAACCAACCAAACAAUACAGUUCCCCUUUACUUACUGAUGUUUCUCUAAUAUUAUGGGGUAUAGUGACAUGACAUACUCAAGGUAAAUUGGGUUGUGUUAAGUAUAGUAAUAAAUGUAUAAGACUUUAUACACUGGAUAUUAAUAUUUUAUCAGUACAAUCUGUUGUGGAGACAGGCUGUUGGUUUUGCAGACUUUUUUUUUUUUUUUAUAUUAUGUCAACUAUAUUAGAUAUUAUUUUACUAGAUUUAAGACAGUCCCAGACUGAUGCCCAUUGUGUUGCCACCAAGUUAUUUUGGACAGGAGUCAUAAAGACUUGUUACGAAUUGUUUAGGGGACCCCAAAAUCUUACUUUCUUUAUAAUCUGGAUAUUAAAAAAAAAUAUAUAAUAUAGGGUUAUUAUUACAAUUGUACAAACCUGCUAAGUAGUUAAUCCCUUAAGUGCAAAAAGCCUGUUUUCUAGAAUCGGAUGCUAACGAGCUAUUUUAAAGAGUGCUGCUAAUCUGUAGAAAUGUUUAUACUUUGAGCUGUUGAUGUUUAUUGCUUGAAUGUA